AUGGGCAAGUUGGUCAUCUCGCUUCCCGGGGCAACGUCACCGCCUCCAGCAAAGACUCGGACGAAGCGUAUUGUUGUCGAUCUUCCUCUUGGUGCUCGCAGUGAGGCGGGUCUGGGCACGAUAGUUGUUGUAGGCAAAACCAUGUCGGUUACACGCGGGAGUAAGAGGGAAUCCGAGCGGGCUGUCGGGAGAGGAGGUGCACCCGUCAGAGGCCCAAUCGGAGGUAUUGAGAUCGAGCGCGUUUCGGCGGGUUGUGAAGGUUGGAAGCGUGAUGCUGAAAAGGAUCUCGUCGGUGAUGGUCUCGAGCCUCUGGUGCGCCUCGAUGGCUGGGGCGACAGUGGCGGCGGCGACAGAAAUGACUGA